AUGGAUAAGCGCUGUACGGGAUUACCACCUGACCAAAAAACUGCCGUUCGGAUUGGUGGUGGCAGCAGCGCGUACGGAGCGAGUUGGAGUGCAGAAAGCGACGAAGCUCGAAACGUAUUUGGAGACGAUUCAACAAUGAUUGGUGAAGCUCUCGAAGUGAAAGUACAGAAAUCGUAUGACGACGAAGAGAAGAGAUGGAGGCAGUGUAUGAUAGCUUCGGCGACCAGAACACUUGCCAAACACCAUGACGAGAUGGCGAAGGACGCUAAAAUACAGCCUUUGGCAGUCAGGUUAACUGCAAUUGCGGGGAGCUUUCGAUCUGCUGAAGAUGUCAUAAGCGUAUCUGACCCACUCGUAAAACAACUCGAAAACGUCGUCAACGAACUCACCGUCGAGUUAGCGGGAGGCAAACCCAAUCUGCCCCGAAACGGCCAGAGAGGUAAGGCCGCAAACGCUAACCACAGAGCUAGGGGAAGUAGAGACAAAGACGCCAACACGAGUAUGCUACGGUACAACAACUCUGGGAGAAAGAACCGAAACAACUAG